UUUGGAGGGGCGUGCGCCACUGAAAUUACAACGACUAUCGGUUUAGAUCAGGGGACAAUAAAUAUUUUCUAACAUUUCUACAUGCAUGAAGAAUUUUUUUAAAUAUACAUUUUGAGCUAUCUUUAAAGAAAAGUCCUGGAUUCUCCCCCUGUGGAAGUGGUAAGUAAAGGAACUUCACUGGCGAGGAGAAGCUAAUCAUUUUGUUAAAGAACAUUGCGAUGAUAAGAAUCUCGGUCCUCACAGACUGCAGAGGUUUGGUAUUUUUUCCGCAUCCGUCGCUUUUACCUGUAAAUUCAAUUUUGAAAUUAAAUUUCUCAUUUUGAAGUAACAUAAUAGGCAUAAUAUAAUUGUCAACACUAAUUUUAUCAUCAAAUUGAUCAUUUUAUAUAGGCCCUACACCAUGAAGAUCUUAGCAUGGUACACUAUUUGCCUAUUAACUACCUUCAUCCAUUUUAGUGGCGAACUUAAAUUACAGUAUAGAUGCUUGGGCUGGGCUUGUUUUACAGGUAAACAUAGCUAUUGUAAACAAGAGAGAUAACACAUAAUAAUAUUAAUAAACGCCCUCAUAUUAUUACUGACUGAUACAUUGACCAAGGUCAUUCUUGGUGACAUGAUCAUAUAAGCAUCUGAUGGUAAAAAUCAAACAGAUUUUUUCCAUGUUAAUUAGUUUGAUUGGUUUAUUAUUUCAGCCUGAAUUUGCAGGACAGACGCGGAGAGGAGAGUUUUAAAGGUCUAACUGACCCGUUAUUUUUUCAUUCGAGCCAUGCAGCGAGAAGAUGCACCAGAAAACAACAGCUAUUUUGGUCACAUUACUUGCUCUUUCAAUAUGCCUACAUGUAUCUUUUUUGUCAACUUCUACGUGUUCUCCGACGGCACCGUUUAGGUCUAUAUACCAGAAACGUACUCACAACGCAACACACACUUUGAAAUUUAUUGAUGAGGUCAUUCAUCCAGCAUCAUCUGUUAAUCCGCCUCAAAGAACAUGUUCGUCAGAGGUAGUAAGAAACGUCGCAUUCAUCAAAACCCACAAGACAGCAAGUACUACAGUAUCACGUAUUGUUGAACGUUUUGGUUAUCUAAACAAUUUAUCGUUCGUUUUGAACCGAAAUAUUCCAAAAAACGGACAUUUUUAUUACAUUUCGUUGAAUGAAAUACUAAGAAAAGGAUAUUUUCUACCACAGAGAGGUAACUGGUCCACCGAAUAUUCCAAUUACAGAUACAAUAUCUCUACGGUACACGUUCUUUACAAUAGGACAAUCUUCGAAACCUUCAUGGACAACAGGACGAAGUAUAUAACUAUUUUACGCAACCCUAUAGAUCAGUUUGUAUCAGCAUUUGGAUAUUUUUCCUUCAAGAAAGUAGUGAAAAUUGCAAACGAUUCAAAAGCACUGGACAUAUUUAUGGAAAGGCCAACGUUUUAUCGAAACAGAUUUGGAAAUUCUAGCGCCCUUUGGAGGUACUCGCGCAACAAUCAAAUGUUCGAUCUCGGACUUGAACACAAGUUCCAUACAAAUGUCACAUUGGUAAAGGAAAAGAUAAAAGAAAUUGAUGAAGAAUUUGAUUUUAUACUAAUAGGAGAUUACCUGGACGAAUCAUUGCUUAUUCUACGAAAAAUGUUUUGCUGGAGUUUCGAAGACAUAAUGUAUGCUUCACAAAAUCGUCGGAAAACUAAAAAGGAAAGCAUAGGGGACGAUUUGCAACGUAAAAUCCGCCAGUGGAAUGGUGUUGAUGCGAUGUUGUAUGAUCAUUUUAAUAAAACACUUUGGAGAAAGAUUGCUGAAUAUGGAAACGAUUUUGAACGAGAUCUUGAACAUUUGCGUAAUCUUAAUCAACAGCUUAUUGAUAAUUGCACCAGCGGAGAAGUUACGAAAAUACAUUUUAGAGGGUUCAAACAGACUAAAUUUCUUCUAGCUAAGAACGCAACUGACCUCUGCAAACUCGUUAUUGACACAAGAAGUACACUCUUUAGACGUAUUUGGGACGCGCAGAACAUUUUGAAACCAUCACGUAACUGACGUCAUUAUCGAAAGUUAGAAUGAAUGAAAAUCAUUUUGGAAUUAGAUGCUACAGUAGUCACUUUCUAUUUAUUAUACAGUACAAUAUUGUUUUCGAAGUCAUACUAUUACUAGCGACUGGUUUUGCCAAAUUUUGUAUUCUGACAUUUUCUCUUCGGCGGACGAGCCUGCGAUGACAAAAGAAUGGCCCACAACAUUGCAUUCUGUCCAAUGUGUUUUUAUACUAUAAAGUCAGGCUCCGGAGGAAAAAAAAAUUUUGAUAUGUUGUAGA